CUCUAAUGUUCGCUACCGGCCAAGCUUUCCAACCUAAUCGACUGAGGUUAGACAUUACCACUAGGCUCAUAACAGCACGCCAAAUGCUCUGCGAUUCUUUGCAGCAGCGAAAUAUGUGAUUACAAUCCUCUAGUUGUCCUGCCAAAAAAUAACAGCAAAUGUUAGAUGUGAGAUUCUGUUUGGCACAUUAACAUUAGUCAGGAUCCUCCUAUGCUUAACAAGCCAAAUAAACAAACAUAUUCUAUGAUAAGUUUAGUUUAACUUAAGCAGGAAAAAAAAAAAAAAACAAAACAAAACAAAUUCCCACGAUAUCACGUGACGACAUGCCUUCGUAAGCGAAUCCAUCGUCGUUCCCACUCUCGGUUAAAGUAACGGCCGCAGCCGACGUAACUCAAUCCAGUAGGGUAAAUUCACCGCCAAUUCAAACUCCGUCCCGGCGGCCGCGGCCCAAGUCUAACGGCAACUAUGAGUGCGGUUCAGAUCUCAAAUCCAGGUUCGAACCCGAAUAUCAAAACGGAUCCCAAAUCACUCUCGUUCGACGAGGUUUCAAAGCUCUUCUCUCUGCCCCUCUCCGAUGCUGCUGAUACAUUAGGUGUUUGUACUAGUGUGCUCAAGAAAAUAUGCUAUGAGAAUGGUCUUGUGAGGUGGCCAUAUAGAAAGUUUCUUUCUGGAAAGAGUAUUGAGGAAAUAAAAAAGGAUGCUGCGAAGGAAAAACAGGAACAGCAUGCUGAAUUGCCAAAACCUGCUGGAGAAAAGCCUAACCUAUCAGCAAAUUCUACUCCGUCCACAUCUAAAGGCUCCCCAUUGCAAAACAAAGGCAGUAGUGCUGGACAGGAAAUGCCAAAAUCCGCAGCUGCUUCCCAGCAACAAGGAAGCAAGACUGCUCAAACUUUGAGUUCCCAGCAUUUGCUAAGUGGUAACUUGCCAAAAGGAACUACAGCUGGUUCUGAUGAAUUUAAAUAUGGAUUUCCAUCAGAUGGCUUGUCAGCAAUCUCUUAUAAAUGGUGGGGAAGCAGAAGUACUGAUGGUAAUGAGGAUACCAAAAAAGAAGGCAAUGCUGAAGAAAGCAAGCAGCAAUCAGCAAUGCCCAUGGAUGAAUCUGCAGUUAAGACAGAUAAAAGCAAUGUAGAUUCCUUCGGAGCCGAUUCACUCUCUGAUUUGCGAGAACAAGCUGCCAAAGAAGGGAAAGAAGCCCUGAAGCUCGGAGUCUAUCGGGAACACAGCCUAUUCAAGCUUGAUUUGACAAAGAGAAAGGUGCUUCUUCAAGUAUUUAAAUCAGCAUAUCCUCCACAGUGGGAACAGGAGUAACUUCAAAUACCUUUGUGCUAACAGUCAUGUAGUAUGGACCUGAACCUCUGCUCAUUUCUUCUUCAUAUGAUACAAAAUGAAGGGUGAACUUGAUGUUGUUUUUGUAUUGCUUAGUAGAGCUCUGGUGACUGUAAAUAGUGGAAAAUAGGCUUCAUUAGACAUUCUUCUUGCAAAUUUUUUGUUGUGUACUAAUCAAAGGUAUUUUGGAUUUCUAGUGAGAUAUUUGAGCUUUAUUUAAGUUUAAAAUAUUUGCA